AUGAAGGUAUUCUCAGCUCCUCUCUAUGUGAGAGCCAGCAUCAUCACAUCAUGCGUCGCUAUGCUUUUUGGGGUUCGACGGACUAGCCUCGACACGGGAAGCAUCGGCCCCGUAACGACCAUGCCGUCCUUUCGUAAGACGUUCGGCGAUUUCUCCCCCACAAUGCACGGAGUCAUCGUCUCCUCCGUUCUUAUUCCGGGUGCUUUAUCAGCUCUGGUGUCUGGUGUCAUGGCCGACAGAUUCGGCCAUGUCCGUUUAUUUGCCCUUGGAGCAUUCAUUUACGGCUGCGGCACCGGUAUCGAAUGCGCUUCGCCUAUCCUAGGAGUUUUCGUUCUCGGCCGUCUUAUCAAAGGAAUUGGCGAAGGAAUGUUUUUGAGCAACGUCUAUGUUCAAGUAUCCGAAAUAUCACCAUCUCGUGUGCGCGGUAUAAUGACAGCGCUGCCCCAAUUUUCCAUAGUCACUGGCAUUGUUUGUGGGUACUUUAUCUGUUAUGGCACUGCACGACUUGGAAUGUCAUCUAUUGCGUGGCGUCUUCCACUAGCCAUCGCCUCAUUUUUAGGGUUUGUCUUCUCUGCGACAUAUUGGAUCGUCCCCCCUUCGCCGCGGUGGUUACUCGGUAAGGGCAGAGUGGAUGAAGCUCGUCUCAUUGUGGAACGCCUGGGACUGGAUGAGAAAGAGCGCGAAGAGAUGCUGGACAUUUCGUUCUCUGACGAACAAGAGCAUGAUCCAAAUGCUUCUGUUGUGGAGAUUCUCAGACAGGCCCUUGCAGGCUUUCGCGAGGCCUUCUCGGCACCCUACAGGAGCAGAACCUUGUUUGGGUGCUUUUUGAUGGCAAUGCAACAAUGGAGUGGCAUUGACGGAGUGCUGUAUUAUGCACCUAUCAUGUUCGCGCAAGCUGGACUUGACGGUGAACAAGCAACGUUCCUUGCAUCUGGAGUGUCUGCGAUAGUCAUUCUGGCCGUGACAAUCCCUGCAACGUUUCUGGCAGACAAAUGGGGACGAAGAACGUCGAGUCUCCUGGGCGGAGUGUUGAUUACCGCUCUGAUGUUGUUGAUGGGCUCGCUCUACGCAGCUAAAGAGGUCCACGCAGAUAGAGGAGCAGGGAAGUGGAUAGUCAUUGUUUCCAUUUAUUUGUUUGCAAUCGUCUACAACGGAACUUGGGCAAUUGGGUUCCGCACCUUCUUGGUGGAGAGCCUACCAAGAAAGACAAGGAGCAGUGCAUCUAGCCUGGCUCAGAGCGCCAACUGGUUUGCCAAUUAUGUUGUAGCAUUGAUCACUCCAGUGCUAAUUUCAAAGUCCACAUUCGGCGCAUACUACCUUUUCGCAGGUUGCAGUCUGUUCUGCACAGUUGUGGUAGCUGUGGUCAUGACCGAGACGCGAGGACACAGUCUGGAGGCGAUAGAAAGGAGAUACAAUGAAAAGAAGGUCACUGCUAGCGAGAAGAAGAGCUGGAAAGGACUUGGACUGAGAAACGUCGGAAACGCAGUUUGA